UCAUGUGUGACUUAACUCAACAAUCUUUACGCUCUAGCCUUUUAAAAUUACUGUCGUUUCUGCAUCAUUAGAACUGCAGCAUAUUUAAAGAACGUUCUAUGAAAAGACAGAAGACCAAAAACUCUAUGCAUAAAAAAAGACACGACUUAAGCUUCUCCAUCAAAGUUUUAAGAUGUACUUAAACACAAAGCGGCAUCUAUAACCACUUCCUUUUUCUCAGUACCUCCUGCAAACAUGCAUUAAAACCACAGUUUCCUGUUCCAGUUUGUCUUCUGCUCUCUGAUGGUCAUCAUGUUCUGGAGGAACACAGCAGUUCUGAUCCUGAUCACGCUGAUUCAGCCACAAAUGAUCUCUGCAGCUCCAUCGUUAACUGAACACAGAAGUCUGGAGGUUUCCAGAGGAGAUUCAGUCACUUUGUCUUGUAACAUGUCUGUGAAAGAAGCAUUUGAAAUCAAAUGGAUCAAAGGAAAUUUAUCAUUUCUUCAUUCCGUCGUUCUCAAUGCUACUGUUUCAAAUUUCUCUUCUUCAAAGAUCAGUAUAGAGACCGACCUCCCUACAAAGAUAAAUAUACUAAAUUUUCAAGUUGAAGAUGAAGGAUUUUAUAAUUGUACAGUAACUGACAGGAAAGGACAUAAUACAAUUAUAUGGAAUUUAACUCUGUUUGAAACAGAUAUCCCGAAGUCCUCUGAAUAUCUGAUAUUGUUCUCAGCUCUGCCUGGUGCUGUAUUGUUUCUGUGUUGCAUUGUGUCAGCUGUCUGGAUCUGCAGGAAAUGUAGAAGAAGAGCUCGUGCUCAAUAUCCCGUUCAAACCCAGAUCCCUCUCUCUGAAGGAACAACCGACAACUGGAGGAACAACAGACAUCGGAGAGAAUACAUGGAGAGGCUGAACUCCGUCUAUGGUUGUACCUAACUGUGAAGUGGACCUGCGGCUGGACAGUUUGAGUAUAACAGGUUUAAACCUGGGUUGCAUCUUCAGAUGAUGCCUGGUUACGUCACCAUGGAGAUGGAGAGGCUCAGUGGUCACAGACUGAUGUGGGAUUGCAUGAAUGUGAAUCUGUUCCACUGUGAACAAAGCUUCAACAAACACUUCCUGUAUCAAUAAAGAUAAAAAAAAAUCAUUGGAGGACAAAUAAAUGUGUCAAACCACAAUAAAGAAGUGUUUGAGGAGUCUCCAGCUCCUGUGAGGCGAAACGCUGGAACUCCCAAAUGACUCCCACUACAACAUGGAUGCGUUAAUGGUGAACUAAAUGGUCACUAAGCAACCCAAAGGUGUUAUGGGAACAUGUUAACAUGUAUUUGAAUUUUCUUUUGUUUGCUUUUUUAUGGACGAAAAAUGUUGAGACAGGAAAGCAAAAGAAAAUGUGAACUUUCAUAAAACUGAAUUUUUAAAGUUUUAAGUAUUUAUACAAAAAAAGGUAGA